AAAAAAAAAAUCAAAGUACUUCAUCUGGUUCUACGCGAUGAAAGGGAAAAAGGGAGAGAGAGGAGGAGGAGGACGACCACCAGACCAACACCAUCAUUGCAACCGCUUCCGGCGACCACCACCGCGACCGCCAUCACCACCGGUGACCUUCCCUCCACCGACCGCCACCGCCACCACCAGUGGCGAUUUUUGCCUUCGCGACUUCCGACGCGACCACACACCACCAAGGUGCUGGAAUUGGCUGAAAACGCGGUGAGGGACAACGAGAAGACCCGUAUCAUGCCACAACCCAUUCAUGUUGUAGCUAUUACUGUGAACAUCCUAAUGAUGCUUCAAACAUCUUCCAGUGUCGAUGCCGACGAUGACGAGGACGAGGACGAGGACGAAGAGGAGACGGGUAGUGAGGAGGAGGAGAAAGACGGGAGCAUGAGGAUGAUGAUAGUGAGGGUGGUGAUAGUAGUUCUUUUUAUUUUUAUUUUUUGCUCGCAGCUUAAGGGAGAGGAUAAAUGUAAUGCCCAUAUAAUGGUUUUUGUAUCCGAAAGACUAUGUAUUACGCUCAUUAUUCUAGUGAAUGCCAGAGUUUGCUUUAUUUAUUUUUUGUUGCUUUCGUGGUUUUCUGAAGACAAUGUUUGAUUUUCUUUGUUGUUUCAAAACUUUAAACUUGAAUGUGCUUGAUGAUUUUAUGCCUUUGGCUUUGUGAAUGGUCAUUAGGACGAUAAAUGCCCGGUGUGGGCUUGUGCGUAACAUGUUGUUGUUGUUGUACUGAACGAGACACGAGACGUCGGGUUAAGAUCAAAAAUAGGGGAGGUGCUGCCCAAAUUUUACUAGAAACUACCU